AUGAAGUUCGACACUAGCAUUCUUCUUGCCUCUUUGGCUGCUUCCGCCGCUGCUGCUCCGGCGGCUAGGCCCAACAAUGUUGCUCUUGAGAAGCGCUUUCCUGACGGAACCGCAGCCCAGCAACUCCCCGCACACUUCAUUUCCACUGUCCGCCGGUUCACAGGCGAGAAGAUUAAGACCAAGCGUCAGCUCGAUGGUCUCCUCGGCAGCCUAGGUGGUGGCGGCCUUGGUGAUCUUCUCGGAGGACUGACUGGCGGCGGCGGUGGCAACGAGGAAAACGCUCAGGCGGAUUCUGGCAAUGCUCAGGAGGGUUCUGGUAACGCUCAGGAGGAUUCAGGCAACGCUCAGGAGGAGUCUGGCAACAACCAGAAUGCCGGUGCCGGUGCUGGUGCCGAGAACGGUGCAGCUAACAAUGGCACUGAGGCUGCUGGAGCUGAAAAUGCUGCUGCGGGUAAUGGACAGGCUCAGAUUGAGGGUGAGGAUGAGCAGGCCCAGGGAAAUGCCGGUAAUGAAAACGCCGCUGAGGAGGAUGAUAUUGAGAUCAAUGGGUUCGCAGGAAAUGAUGCCCAAGCUGCUGGACAGCAAAAUGCUGGUGGUGCUGCUGCUGCACAGCAGGGACAGGCUGGUACUGCUAACGCGGCUUCUGCCCAGAAAGGAGCAGGAAACGCGAAUGCUGGUGCUGCUCAGCAAGGCCAGGCACAGGCUGGUAAUGCUAAUGCAGCCUAUGGUCAGCAAAACCAGGCAGCUAGUGCUGGAAAUGCCGAUGCUGCCUCUGCUGAGCAAGCCCAAGGUCAAGCCGGUGGUGCCAACAACGCUGCUGCCCAGCAAGGACAGGCAGCUAACGCUGGUAACGCCAAUGCUGGUAAUGCUAAUGCUGGAAACGCCAACGCUGGAAACGCCAACGCUGGAAACGCCAACGCUGGUAAUGCUAACGCGGCUUCUGCUGAGCAAGCCCAAGGCCAAGCUGGUGGUGCCAACAACGCUGCUGCCCAGCCAUGUGCUGGUGGCGUUGCUGGUGCUG